UGAUUUCGGAUGCCACCAUUCUACCUUUCGUUACAUCAGCAUCAUCAACAAAAACAUGCGUAUUUGUUUUGGUACGGUUUCGUUACCGUAUUCUUAAAUUAUUUAUUUCAAUUGUACUACUUUCACUUUAGAAGUAUUCAAACGUUUUGGUAAAAUCUGAAGAUGGUUAAGGAACAGUUUAGAGAGUCUGAUCUCUCUAUGAAAAUAAGCAAAAUUUGCUUUGGAUUACAAAGUCCUGCAGACAUUAGACAACAGUCACAUAUUAAUUGUGUCAAUAGAUAUCUCUAUGAAGAAAGAACACAUAAAGCCAUUCCUUAUGGUGUCUUGGAUCCUAAAAUGGGAACAAGUAGAAAGGGCAUUAAUUGUGAGACUUGUGGAAAGCCAGUGAGUGACUGUAUAGGGCAUUUUGGUUACAUAGAUUUGAACCUACCUGUUUUUCAUCCUGGCUUUAUUCCUUUCAUUCGAGCAAUUCUUCAGAUGAUAUGCAAGAAAUGUGCACACAUUCUUUUGAAUGAGCAGGAGAGAGAGAAGUAUGUCCAAAUUCUUAAAAAACCUAACAUGGAUUACGAUAGACGGAAGUCUUUAAGAAAAGAAAUCCUGGAGAAGUGCAUGAAGAAAAGUGUCUGCCCAUAUUGCAAUGAAGUAAAUGGUCAAGUGAAAAAAGUUGGUUGUGUUAAGAUUGUACACAUCAGGCACAAAAAAGAGAAGAAAAAUGCUGCUUUUUCCUUAGAACUGUUAGAGACAUAUCAAGAGUCCUUGAAAUACAAUAAAGAAUUAGAGCAGCUGAAAAACAAGUUGUAUGAGAAAGACUUAAACCCUACUGAAGUUCUUAAAUUGUUUGAAAGAAUUGUUGAUGAGGAUAUUCCCCUGCUUUCAAUGAAAUCAUCUUCUGGACGUCCGGAGCAUUUAUUGUUUUCCAAACUACCUGUUCCUCCUCUCUGUAUUCGACCAUCUGUCAUAUCCGAAUUGAAAUCUGGGACAAAUGAAGAUGACAUGACUACUAAACUAGCAAAUAUAAUACAAAUAAAUAAUGAACUUGGUGUAGAAAAUACUCCUUUCAAGAUACGAAUGCAACGUUGGGAUAGUUUACAAAAGUGUGUUGCUCUUCAUAUCAACAGUGAGUUGUCUGGCGUAACUUUAGAUCCAGAGAUUCUAAAGAAAAGUGCUGGAAGAGGCAUAAUUCAAAGAUUAAAAGGUAAACAUGGUCGAUUUCGAGGUAACCUAUCUGGGAAGCGUGUUGAAUUUACUGGAAGAACUGUGAUAUCACCUGAUCCAAAUUUACCUAUUGACAAUGUUGGUAUUCCUGUUCACGUAGCAAAAUCUUUAACUUUUCCUGAGAUGGUGACUUCACAUAAUAAGAAACAGUUGAAAAUUCUUAUAAUGAAUGGGGGUCGCAAACAUCCUGGAGCUAAUUUUUAUAUUGAUAGGGAUACAAAAAUGAAAAGUGAUUUAAACUAUGCCAAUAGGCGAAGAAUUGCUGACAACAUAAAGUGUGGGGACAUUGUUGAACGGCAUAUGCUUGAUGGAGAUAUUGUGUUAUUUAAUCGGCAGCCAUCUCUGCAUAAACUCAGCAUUAUGGCGCACAAAGCCAAAAUUGUGCCAACAAGAACUUUUCGUUUUAAUGAAUGUGUCUGUACUCCCUACAAUGCUGAUUUUGAUGGAGAUGAAAUGAAUAUUCAUUUACCUCAAACUCUUGAAGCAAGAGCUGAAGCUCUCAUUUUAAUGGGGGUUACAAACAAUUUGGUAACUCCACGAAAUGGUGAUCCUUUAGUUGCUGCCAUACAGGAUUUCAUUACAGGUGCAUAUUUAUUAACGCAUAAAGAUACAUUUCUUACAAAGUCAGAAGCGCAACAAAUCAUUACUAGUGUACUCUCAAAUGAAGAUCUGCUCAUGAAAAUUGACUUACCACCUCCAGCAUUAAUAAAGCCCUACACAUUGUGGACUGGUAAACAAAUAUUCAGCUUGAUUCUGAAGCCAAAUAAAACUUGCAAAAUACUUAUAAAUCUUCGAAAGGCUGGAAAAGGAAAAUCAACUUCUGCUUAUACUGCUCUAGAAGAAAUGUGCAUCAAUGAUACAUUUGUCAAUAUCAGAAAUAGUGAGUUGCUGUCUGGUACAAUGACAAAACAAACCUUAGGUUCUGGAUCAAAGACUACUAUAUUUUACAUUCUGUUGAGAGAUUAUGGACCUAGCUAUGCAGCGAAUGCUAUGUUGAAACUGGCACGUCUUUCAUCUUACUAUCUUGCCAACCGAGGUUUUUCAAUUGGAAUCGGCGAUGUUACUCCUGGUAUUGGACUGUUGAAAGGAAAGGGUGAAUUAGUACAAGAAGGUUAUGCUAAAUGUGAAGAGUAUAUUCAGAGUUUAAAAAAAGGAGCCCUGGAUCAUUUACCUGGAUGUAGUGAAGAGGAAACUUUAGAGAAUAAAAUUAUGGCUGAAUUAUCUGCUAUAAGAGAGCGAGCUUUCCAGAUUUGUCUUAAAGAACUUCAUAAAACCAAUAGUCCUUUAAUAAUGGCUCAAUGUGGAUCUAAAGGAUCCAACAUCAAUAUCAGUCAGAUGGUAGCUUGUGUAGGCCAGCAAUCUAUCAGUGGUCAUAGAGUUCAUGAUGGAUUUGAUAAAAGAUCUUUGCCUCACUUUGAGCGAGGAAGUAAAACUGCUGAAGCAAAAGGAUUUGUUCAGAAUAGUUUUUAUACUGGCAUGACCCCUACAGAAUUCAUAUUCCAUACAAUGGCUGGAAGAGAAGGUCUUGUUGAUACAGCAGUUAAAACCGCUGAAACUGGAUAUAUGCAAAGACGACUCAUCAAAGCCUUAGAAGAUUUGUGCUUGCACUACGACAUGAGUGUUCGUAAUUCUGUGGGAGAAGUUGUGCAGUUUGUUUAUGGAGAUGAUGGAUUGGAUCCUGCAUGUAUGGAAGGCAUUAAUAAAUUUGAAACUUCUCUGAAAAAGGGAGGAGAUAGUUAUUGCAUGAAAAAGAAUGAAGACCCGCCUGAUUCUCCAAUUAUAUUUGAAAGAGCUUUCUAUCACAUUACAGCAAAAUAUCCAUACAAAGAGGAACUUCCUUUGGAUGAUGAAACUUUGAUUUCUUUAAGUGAUCAAUUAAUACAAGAAGAAUUAAAUGAAACUAGUGAACCAUAUCAAUUGCAAAUGAGGCAUUUCUUUAUUGAUCAAGCUAACCGUAUCAAAAAAUCCAGGCUGCAGUAUAAAACUAAACCUGGUCGAAAUAUUCCUUCAGUUUUGUACCAGCUUGAAAGAAUAACGGAGUCUCAACUGAAAAAGUUUAUUGAGUUUUGCAAAGAAAAAUAUAUGAAGUCUUUAAUUCAUCCAGGUGGAGCUGUUGGAGCUGUAUGUGCUCAAAGCAUUGGAGAACCUGCGACUCAAAUGACUUUGAAAACUUUCCAUUUUGCUGGUGUUGCUUCUAUGAAUAUCACUCAGGGUGUACCACGUAUUGGAGAAAUUAUCAAUGCCACCAAGGUUAUAAGUACCCCCGUUAUAACAGCAUUAUUAGACGAAAAUGAUGACUUGGAAUCUGCCAGGCGAGUCAAAGGAAGAAUUGAAAAAACAACUUUAGGUGAUGUGUCUAAUUAUUUGGAAGAAGUAUUUUUACCUGAUAGCUGCUUCAUAUUGAUUAGAUUAAACUUAGAAAGGAUUCGCUUGCUUCAGCUCGAAGUAACUGCUGAUACUAUAGAACAUUCCAUCCUUACAUCGAAUAUUCCAGAAAUCAGAGGAAUAAAGCCACCUAAUAUAACGGUUCAUUCUAAUGAUGUGAUUUUAGUGAGGCCUUUUGAUAGCAAAAGAGGCAGUCAUUACUACAUCAUGCAAGUGCUCAAAAAUAAAUUGCCUUCAGUUGUUAUUCGGGGAUUUAAAUCUGUUUCCCGAGCAUUAAUACAUUUAGAGGGAGAUAAAUAUAACCUACAAAUUGAAGGUGAUGGCCUGGGCGAAGUGAUGGCUACUCAGGGCGUCCAGUGGAAGUCAACAACUUCAAAUAAUAUUAUUGAAGUAAAGAAAUAUCUUGGCAUUGAAGCUGCAAAAUCAACUAUCAUCAGUGAAAUUCAGACAACUAUGAAGCAUCAUUCCAUUGAUGUAGAUAGAAGACAUUUAACUUUACUAGCUGAUCUCAUGACAUUUAAGGGUGAUGUACAUGGAAUUACUCGUUAUGGUCUAGCAAAAAUGAAGGAAAGUGCUCUUAUGCUUGCCUCAUUUGAAAAGACUGCUGAUCAUUUAUUUGAUGCUGCCUAUUUCGGCCAGGAAGAUUCUAUUGUUGGAGUGAGUGAAAGUAUUAUUUUAGGAAUACCCAUGACUCUAGGAACUGGUUUCUUCAAACUCCUUCAUAAAUCCUCCAUUGCACCUUUACCACCGAAGAAAAAAUUGCUGUUUGACAAUCCUGAAUUUCAUCUUCCAGAAUAUGUUUCUACAUGAAGUUGAAAUCUGCUAUUUAGAGAACAGUUAUAUUUAUAUAAACUGGAUUGUAUAAUAUCUGUAAAAAGUUUUGUAAAAAAUAAACGAAACAAGAAGAGAA